ACAAGAUGUCUCCACCAUCAUCACUUGCCAACUAUUUGCUCAUUGUUGGUCUAAUACUCUCAGCUCUUGUUUUAUUUGCUGAAGGUCAGGCAUGUACAGAUCAAGCAGGUCUCUCUCCAACCACUAGUACCUAUCUUUGCCCAAUUGGUUAUGUUAAUACACAAGUUACCGACUUUGCUACACCACCAACCAAGACCUUCGUCUGUAGAAAGGUCAAUGAUAUGAUCACUCCAAUCAAUAAGAAACAAGCUUGUCGUACCGAUGCUGAUUGUUAUGUUUCCAAUAUGGAUGGUACAACUUCUUAUUUCAGCAAGUUGAGAGCCCAAUGUUUUUCUGGUCGUUGCAUUCGUUAUGGUACAAGAUUGCCAGGCGACAGUUGUGAUUAUGGCAACCAAUGUCUUGGUGGUAGAUGUGAUUUGAAUACCAAUAAGUGUAUCACAAAUGUCUUAUAUACUGCCUCUCAAGGAGAACGUUGUGGAGUUACCUUUGAUAGUUUAACUGUUACUUGUAAGAAGGACUCUAAUCUCAGAUGUCUCCCUGAAAGAAUUCAAACUGGUACCACCUUUUCUAGCUUUAGUUAUUGUUAUGCUCCAAAAACUGUUGCUCUUGGUAAAUCUUGUAUCACCACUGAUAAUACUACUAGAACUUAUGAUACCUGUGAAGAUAACAGUCAAAUGUUCUGUAAUUCAACUCUUGGAAUUUGUGUUGCUAAAUUGGCUGAUGGAUCCUAUUGUGAUACUCACGCUCAAUGUAAGAGUGGCGACUGUCUCAAUAAUGUCUGUACUACUUUGAAGAAAUCUGGUGACACUUGUCAAGCUAUUGUUGAGUGUACCAACACUUUGACUUGUCGUUCAUCUGCUCCAAAGGCAUCUCGUGUCUGUCAAACACCAGCUGCUUUGAGUGAUUAUUGUGCAGCUGAUUCGGAUUGCUAUUUGAACUCGGCCUUUGCAAUUGGUGGAAGUAUAGUGUCAACAGAAUUGGUUAUUUGUGCCAAUCAAAGAUGCGUUCGUCAAUAUGGUAUCAUCAAUGGUCAAAAAUGUGAAAAGGAUGCCAAUUGUCACUCUGGUUAUUGCCAUCCUUCUGAAGGUGUCUGUAAGACUGCUCCAGCUGUUUCUUGUGAUGGUGUCACCUCUGUUAACACUUGUCCAAAUUGUAUUUGUAAUAAGGGUACUGAUACUGCUGGUGUCUGUCUCCAUAACGUUGCCACCAAUUGUCCAGGUUAUCUCAUGGAUCUCCAAUUCUGUGUUUACAAUAACUUUGUUUCAAGUCUUACUGAUCCAUUAAUCGCAAGCUUACUCUCCUUGUCUAGAGCUGAUGUUGAUUCUCCAUUCCUUGAUACUGAAAGUUCCCUCUAUAAGACCUGUGGAUCAUACUAUACCAAUUUGAUGAGAUGUUUGUAUAAUGGAAAUUCUGACAAGUGGACUGCUGCUGAUAUUGAUGGUUUCUCAUUUACUGGUACUCCAACUCCAAAUGUUAUCUUGCCAAAGAUUCUCUCUGGUUCUAAUACUGUUACCUACUCUUUGGUUUUGAUGAUCCUUACUAUCCUCUCCUUCUUGUUGUUCUAAAUUUCAACAAAACAACAUGAUAUAAAAUGUAAUUGUGCAUUACCCUUUUU